CAGGAGGCAGCACAUCCCGCAUCCUACGUUUACUCCUUAUUAGUUUCUCUAUAGUUCUCUGUUCUCUCGGGCCGGCAAGUUUUCGUCAUAUGCUGAAGAUUUACGCGAAUUAAAUAUUACGUGCCCUUCAUUAUUGAGAAACAUGGCUCUCAUCUCUACAAGAGCGAUUUUUAAUUCCGUGCUGAGACAAACCCUCAGGCAGAUCAUAUAUACGAAGCAAUUGCCGAAAUGCCAACAACGUCAUCAAUUGAAUAGUUGGCUGUUUCUUCCAACUGUUACCAGUCAGAGAUUUUAUGCCGAGAAGAAAGUAUUUACUCGUGACAAACCACAUUGUAAUAUAGGUACUAUUGGUCAUGUAGAUCAUGGCAAGACAACUCUAACAGCAGCUAUUACUAAAAUAUUGUCUGAAAAGGAGUUAGCAACAGCUAAGGGAUAUAGCGAGAUUGACAAUGCUCCUGAAGAAAAAGCUCGCGGAAUUACCAUUAAUGUUGCACACAUUGAGUACCAAACAGAAAAUCGUCAUUAUGGACAUACAGAUUGCCCAGGUCAUGCCGAUUACAUUAAAAACAUGAUCACAGGAACAGCACAGAUGGAUGGCGCUAUAUUGGUUGUUGCUGCAACAGAUGGUACAAUGCCACAGACUAGAGAGCACUUGCUGCUUGCUAAACAAAUUGGUAUCAAGCAUAUCAUUGUAUUCAUUAACAAGGUCGAUGCAGCUGAUUCAGAAAUGGUAGAGUUAGUGGAAAUGGAGAUACGAGAAUUGCUUUCUGAAAUGGGUUAUGACGGUGAUAACAUCCCGGUGGUGAAAGGUAGUGCGCUCUGUGCUCUUGAAGCAAAGAAUCCUGAAAUAGGUGCGAAAGCUAUCCUACAGUUGUUGGAAGAAGUAGACAAGCAUAUUCCGACUCCAGAAAGAGAGUUGGACAAACCCUUCCUACUCCCGGUAGAGAAUGUAUAUUCUAUUCCUGGAAGAGGUACUGUCGUCACUGGUAGAUUGGAGCGCGGAAAACUUAAAAAGGGAACGGAAUGCGAGUUUAUUGGUUACAACAAAGUUUUGAAAAGUACAGUCACAGGUAUAGAGAUGUUUCAUCAGAUAUUAGAUGAAGCCCAUGCUGGAGAUCAACUUGGUGCUCUAGUAAGAGGCUUAAAGAGAGAUGAAGUUAGAAGAGGUAUGGUAAUGUGCAAACCUGGCACCAUGAAAGCGCACGAUCAUAUAGAAUCGCAAGUUUAUAUAUUGAGCAAGGAGGAAGGUGGCAGAAAGAAACCUAUAGCGAAUCUGGUACAAUUACAAAUGUUUUCUAAAACAUGGGACAUUGCAGCACAGUGUACUGUAGCGGGUAAAGAUUUGGCCAUGCCAGGAGAAGACAGCACAUUGAUAUUAAAGUUGAUAAGACCAAUGGUAUUAGAGAAAGGGCAACGCUUUACAUUAAGAGAUGGAGUAGUGACUGUAGGAACUGGUGUAGUUAUUAACACUCUAAAACCGCUUACCGAAUCAGAGCGAGUAUCCAUUCUCGAAGGUAAAAAGUCAUUGAAGAAGGAGUUGAAGCAACAACAAAAGCAGUAGGCUCGAGAAAUAUUGAUUGCAAAAUAAAUCGUAAUCAUGCUAUAUAAUAAAGAAAAAGAUAUAUGAAAUCAGUCGGAUCUCGAUCAAAACUCAAAUGAGUUUAUUUAAAAUAUCCGACAUUCCUCUGAAAAUUAGUUUGAUAUGUAUGCAAGAUGUGACACUGGUGCAGUUUGUAAUGCUGAAGCAUUUUUACCAUUCUAUUAUAAAUUAUGAUCCUUGUAAUUUUAUUUGUUAAAGGAUCAGUGUGACAGUAGCAUGUAUUAAUUCAGAUAUAUUGUAAGCACGUUUAUCAAAUAUAUCAAAUAUAAUUUUCA